UGUCAAAGUCAAAACUGCUGUCAAUAUCUUUGAAAUACAUUGGUGAAUUUCAACUCGAAAAUUUUCUUUUUCUCGUCAAGUGCUUUAAAGAAGAAUAGUUACAAAAAAUGUCUGUACGUUUAGGAGGUGCUCUCAAAGAGCUGAGAAUUCACUUAUGUCAAACAAGUAAGCAAUCAGCUGGUGUGAGAGAGUUCAUUCAAAAGAACUAUGUGAACAUCAAGAAGGAGAACCCUAACUUUCCAAUCUUGAUUCGUGAGUGUAGUGGAAUUCAGCCCAGGGUUUGGGCUCGCUAUGAUAAAGGUGUUGAAAGCAGUACUCCAUUAACAAAUUUAGGUGCCAAUGAUGUCCUAUCUGCUAUUAAGCAACUCAUUAAAUAAAUAUUUAAAAUUAUGUUAUUCAUUAGUUACAGUAUAUUUUGAUUUUAAUUAAAAUACCAUUAAAUAAA